CACUGCACACGCAACCAGGCAGUAAAGGAGUUGAAGAUAACGAACAAAGCAUUUAUUUCUGUUCUGUGGGAGAGUUUGAGUGAACGUACAAUGAAGAUCCUCCUUCUUAUCAGUUUCUGCCUGAUUUCAGCUGGAUCUGAUGAUGUAACUACAGUAACUGGAUACAGAGGAAGAUCAGUUCAGAUUAAAUGUCACUAUGAAUCUGGAUAUGAAAUGAACAACAAGUAUCUCUGCAGAGGUGAAUGUCCCCAUUGGCCUGCAACCAAAGACAUUCCUGUUCAGUCUGGAUCUCCUGCUGAAGACACCAGAUUCUCUCUGUAUGACAACACAACAGCCAAAAUCUUCACCAUCACCAUCACUGAUCUGAGAGCAGAGGAUGCAAACACUUACUGGUGUGUGGUACAGCAGAAAGGGCCUAAUAUUUACACAAAGCUUCAACUGCUGGUUGAAAUUGAUGAUUCUGCUAACAGUACUGUCUCACCCACCACACACUCCACUUCAACACAUGCCACGAGUCCAUCAGUCAUCAUACAUACAUCAUCAUCCUUAACAACAACAGCAGGAGCUAAUUUGCUAAACGAUGCUAAAGACCCAACCAUCGCUUCUGUACCUCAGAAAUAUCCAAAUUUCACAAUCAUCAUUGGCGUGUCUGUGGUUCUUGUGCUGCUGCUCGUUGCCCUUUUAAUAGCUGUUGCUGUACAGAAGAAAAAGAAGACCAGAGCCCCGUGUCCAGAACAGUUUCCAAACAGCUCCUCAAACCUCAACAUGGUUCCAUGUCCUGUUUAUGAAAAUGAAGACAACAGCAGUAUUUUUUACAGCCUUUACUCUACUGUACAACUUCCCUCAGCCCCAUCUGAGAUUUACUCCAACACUGGAUUACCCACAAUUCCCUCUGAUCCUUCAUCACCUGUUUAUACUAAAGUAACACACCCAGGACAUCAUGACGUCUACUCCACAGCUCAGUUACCCUCUGAUUCAUCAGUCAGUGCUGCUCAGUCAUCAGAUAUAAAAUCAGGUGAAAGUCUAAAAUACGCAACAGUGAGUUUUGACAGCAGUUCGAAUGGUGCAGCUCCAACACUGAUCUCCAAAAACCAGAACAUCUCAUGUGAUUAUGCUUCUGUUACCAUCACUGAAUGAGGCUAGUUAGAGUACAUCAUCUUGCUAAUAGUGGAAACUGUAAUACUGUUGGCAAAUAGCUGUGGUUUGAGAGGAACACAACAUCUGGAACUUAUUUAUGUAUAUUUUAUUUUUAUAUUUGUCUCCUGUCAGAGACUCCACAUGCAUGAGGCGAGCUAUGUGCUUCCCCGUGUCUGUGUUUACACGCACCAUGUGCAUCUAUGUUUCAGUUCAUACUACAUCUCCACCUUUCUUUUCUUGUGAUUCAUCACUUCCCUCACGUCUUAUCUGAUUUUAGUUUACUGUUUGAUUAAUCUGUGUUUAAAUACUCCUUUGUGUUUGUGUGUAUUUCAUGAACUUAUCCACUUUAUCUUUGAUUACCAAGCUUUUAUGUUUAACAUUUCCUGGUUCUUGAUCUUGGUUAUGUUUCUUCCAUUUCCCCUAUACUAUGAGAGAAGUAAAGCUAAAACCCAUAACGAGCUUAGCCUGAAGCUUACCUGGCCACCU